AUGACAGAACAGGCAUACUGUGAUUUUCCAUCAGUUAUUAUAGUGGAUGGCCCAGAACCCAAAGAAGCAAGAUUAUUGCCACAGCCACCGGUUACAAAAGCAGAAUCACAGGUGCUCUCAGAAAUACUUGCCACUGACAUCUCAACAGUUAAAGUUACCUGGGAAGUAGAGAUCACCUUAAAACAACAGCAGAGAAGUACCAGAGCAGACCAAAGUGGUCCUCUGCUCAGAGAAAGUUCCAGACUGAUGGUGGUCACUCCUAAGAAAACUCCCAUGGGGAAUAAAGACUAUGAAGGCAGUAAAUGUGGGGAAGCCUUCAUUUAUAGCUCCCUUGCAGUCUACCAGAGAAUCCAGUCUGGAGAGAAACCCUUUCAGUGCAGUGACUGUGGGAAAACUUUCAAUCACAGAUCAAACUUCAUCCAGCACCAGAGAAUUCAUACAGGAGAGAAACCCUAUAAAUGUAAGGAAUGUGGGAAGGCCUUCCGGUUGGGUACCCAUCUUGUUAAACACUGGAGGACUCAUUCAGGAGAGAAACCCUAGUGUGGUGAGUGUGGGAAGGCCUUCAGCCAAAGCUGGUAUCUAAGUCAGCAUCUGAACAUUCAUAGUGGAGAGAAGCCUUUUCGAUAUAGAGAAUGUGGCAAGGCUUACCAGUGGAAUUCAGUACUUUUGAGACAUCGCAGAGUUCAUGCUAGCAGAGAGUUUCCGCAAUGUGCUGAAGAUGGCAGAGCCUCCAGACAGACUUGUACUUUUGUCUAG